AUGGGAGAGGAGUGGAAGGGAAGAAGCGGCGGAGAGUGGCUUGAGGGUGAACAUGGCGGCACGCCAGAUGAAGUAGGAUGGUUCCGAGGGGCGGAGCCGGAGGUGGGGGAGGGAAUAGAGGUGGAGUGCCGAGUACGAAUAGGACACGCCACGGAGGGCGUUGAGGAUGUCGCCGGCGGCGAGGUGAUGAUUGGGAGGCAACUAGGAAAAGAUCAAGAUUGGACUGCAUUCCAGAGCAACCAUCUUAAGGAAGUGUCGACAGACUACAUGGACGCGGAGAGAGACAUCAAGCCCUUCGUCUCCCCUAUCGUGGCCGCCACCAUCCAGCGGAAGCUCCACGGCCCCAGCGCUUGUCAGCCAACGGCAUUGCCACUGGAGCGUGGUGGCACUCGAGUGUUACCGCAAACUCAGCCUCAAGCGGCAUGCGUCCUGAACCAGGCCGCUUCAGAGCUAUCGGGUGGCGUCAGCGACCGGUCCAUUAGCGCCGACGAGGCACUCGAGGGUACCUCGGCUCGUCGAUCUUGCUCUGCACCACCACCACGGUUGAGUAGGAAGUUCUGGGGCGCCGGCGAUUAUGAUAAAGCGAAAGGGAGGUCUGCGCCACAGCCUCCGAGUCUUCAGAAUCGUAUGUGCGUCCACCCCGAAUUUCUCCACUCCAACGCAACUUCACAUAAAUGGCCGUUCGGAGCCGUGGCAGAGUUGUUGGACAAUGCGGUGGAUGAGAUAGAAACCGGUGGUGCUACAGAAAUAUUGUUGGACAAAGUCAUCGACAAACGGCAUGGAUCACCAGCUUUACUAAUUCAAGAUGAUGGUGGAGGUAUGGAUCCUGAUUCUUUGAGGCGGUGCAUGAGCUUUGGAUUUUCAGAGAAACAAUCAGGAUCUUCGAUUGGACAAUAUGGAAAUGGAUUUAAGACUAGCACAAUGCGGCUUGGAGCAGAUGCUAUUGUUUUCACUCGCUGCACUAAGAGCAGUGGGCCUACACAAUCCAUUGGUCUCCUCUCUUACACUUUCUUGGUGGAAACAGGACAUACAGAUGUUGUAAUUCCUAUGGUGGAUUAUAAAUGCAAUCUAAUGAAAGGACAAACUCAACGAUUGGAGCAUCAUGGUUCGGAGCAAUUCUCCUCAAAUUUGUCAGUGUUGUUGAAAUGGUCCCCUUUUGCAACAGAAGAAGAGCUUAUGCAGAAUUUCUGUGACAUUGGUCCACAUGGCACCAAGAUUAUAGUGUUCAAUCUAUGGUCCAACGGUGAUGGUAAUUUGGAGCUCGACUUUGACACGAAUCCGGAGGAUAUUAUGAUAAGUGGAGCGCCAAAUCCAGAAGAAAUUAGUAACACUGUAAAAAGGGCUAAUGAGAACCAUUUGGCAAAUCGACUACGCUAUUCUCUUAGGGUCUAUGCUUCUGUGUUGUAUCUGCAGCUACCAGAUUACUUUAGGAUCAUACUUCGAGGGCAAGAGGUUAAGCAUCAUCGCAUUGCCGCUGACCUAAUAUAUCCUGAAUGCAUCAGUUAUAAACCCCAAAGUUGCGGAAUAAAAGAGGCUGAGGUCCUUACAACUAUUGGAUUCUUAAAGGGUGCCCCAACUAUUAGCGUGCAUGGAUUUAAUAUCUAUCAUAAAAAUCGCCUUAUUUUGCCAUUUCAUAGAGUUUUGAGUACUGCGAGCAGCAAAGGUAGAAGCGUCUCUGGGGUAUUGGAGGUAGACUUCAUCAAGCCCACUCAUGACAAACAGGACUUUGAGAAGUCACAGCUGUUUCAGAGGCUGAUCAACCGCCUGAAGGAAAUGACCAACGAGUACUGGGAUCUCUACAGUGAGAAGAUUGGAUACGUGAAAAUGCCACGCGUGAGUGCAGCUCCCACUCCUCCUCCUCCUCCUCCUCCUCCUCCAGUAAUGCUGCCGAUAGCAAAUGGCGCCGCUGAACCAUCAGAGAGGAGUGCACCUGCUCCUGCUCCGACGCAACGCUUGAGAUCGCACGGCAACUACGUGAAUGCUGUUCCAAUCGCCUUUGCACCCCCUGGUUUCCACUCAGCACCUGUCAAAACAGAGGCUGUUGCACCUGGAGCGCCUAUGGGCUACUCCCCGUCCUCCUCGCCAAACGUGCAGACCAUGCAAGUCAUCAACCAGACAAAAUCGCCUUCCAUGGCGCCUGGCACCGAUUCGGUGGAGACAAGAAAAAGGAGGAACGACGAUGCUACCAUGACGGUCGCGCUUAAAAGGAAGGCUGCGGAGGAUUUGGCUGGCAGCAGCUCCGCUACUGAUCAGGUAUCCCAAUAUAUGGGAGAGCGAGAGCUGAAGGAAUUUAAAUUCAUGAAGUUGGAGAACCGGAUGCUCCGUGAAGAGUGCUCAGAAUUUGAGAUGGCAGAGAAGGAACUACGACUCAAGGAACAGAAUCUACGGCUCGAGCUUGAGAAGGCGCAGGAGCAAUUCAAGAGCCUGCUGAACGAAUACGUUUCGUUGUCUGCUGUGCCGACACAGAAACGAUAG